AUCAAGUUCAAGAUGAGAAAUCUUUUUGUUUUAAUAACAAUUUAUCUACUAUUCCAAAGGAUAAAUGCUACGGAGAUUAGUGAUGACGAUGAUGCUGUUGAAACUAAUUUAACCCCAGACCAAUGCGUUGAAAAUUAUUAUAAUGUGGUUAUACCUUUGUUGAGUAAAAUAGUUAAACUCAAUAUACAAUUGGAUGCCUAUGAAGAAACUUUUGUUCAGUUUGGAAAUGUUUUGGAUGCCGUUGAAAGUCUCAUAAUUGCGAAUUCCAAGUCCGUUGAAGAUUCGUUGGCCACAAAAGGUUGGACGGUAAUUCAAAGGCGAUUGAAUGGAAAUGUGAGCUUUGAUCGGAACUGGAAUGACUACAAACACGGGUUCGGUGAUAGCCAAGGUGAUUUUUUUAUUGGCUUAGAAAAAUUGCAUAUGAUGACACAAGCUAGACCUCAUGAGUUAUAUAUAGAAUUAAGAGAUGUUAAGGGCAUAACAAGAUAUGCUCGCUAUGAUGACUUCAAUGUCGGUAGCGAGGAGAACAGUUAUAAUCUAACUUCCCUUGGUGCAUACGUUGGUACAGCUGGUGAUUCCUUAAGUGAAAAUGUUGGUGCAAAGUUUUCCACUCGUGAUCGGGACAACUCAGAAGGCGAUGAGGAUUGCACCAGCGAUGGAAGUGGUGGAUGGUGGUACACUUACUGUGGCGAUAGUCAAUUAAAUGGAAUUUUCUAUAAGGACGGCGAUGCCCCAGAACGAAAUGGUAUAGGUUGGGAUAGUUGGGAUAAUUUGAACUAUAAUGUAUCCUUAAUUUACACCCACAUGAUGAUACGUCCAACUAUCUAAUCUCAUAUAUUGCUAUUUUAAUUUUUAUGCAAAUCAAAUGCUCUAAUAAUUUGCUAUGAAUCGAUGAACGAAAAUUUAUGCGUAUUCCUGUUUGUAAAUGGUGUUGGGUGUUUUUUUUUUUUUUUUUUUGUAUUUUGUAUUUAAUUUUAUUUCUAUUGAUAAUAAACUUGUAAUAAACUAACUAACUUUAAAUAAGUUUAAGCUUGAAGAA